AUGACCUUUAAAGAUUCAUCGACUAAAGCAAAUGUUUCAUUUAAUGAAUUGCUAAAAGAAACGUUGGUAAUAGAUAAAUUUAUUGACUAUUGUGUAUUUAAAAAUAUUCAGUUUAUUGGUUCUGGAACGUUUGGAAGCACAUAUCAUGCAGCUGCAGACAUGUCUGACAUCGGUGUCGCUUUGAAAUCAUUUGAAAAUAUCGAUAUGAUUACCGCCAAAGAAAUUUUAAAUGAAAUUAAUUUAUAUAAAGACAUAAUGCACGAUAAUUUUAUUAAAUUUUACGGCGUUACUAAGAAUGAAGGAUCUCAAUACUUAUUAGUUCUUGAGUAUGCCGGUGAUGGAACGAUUACAACUUAUUUACGAAACACUUUCAAUAAAUUAAAUUGGGAACGUAAAUUAAAUUUAGCACAACAACUUGUUAAUGGUAAACUUUCUGAAUUAAUGGUCGAUAUAUUAGAUGGUGUUAGAGAAAAGUUUAUCGAAGGAACACCAAUAUCAUAUGCUAUUUUAUAUACUGAUUGUUGGCAGAAAGAUCCAAAAAAACGUCCCAACAUUCAAGAUGUUGUUCUUUCUUUUGAACAACUGAAAACCGAAUCAAUACAUAAUGAAAAUAAGGCUAUAAAAAAUAAUUUAUUUUCCGUUAAUGAAUUGCCAGAAACUAGCAACACUAUACAAUCUGAUCUUGAUCAAUUAACACACAAUAAUAAGAAGUUGGUCAUGGAAGAUGAUAACCUUGAUUUAGAUUCUUUAAAUUCAAAAGAUAGUAACUCUUCACAAGAUUUUUAUAGGCAAAUUGUAAAAGAAUUAUGUGAUUUAUAUAAUGAAGAAAGAAUGAAAGGAAAAUAUAUCUUGAUGAUUUAUGACUUAAUGGAUCAAUUUUUCAAGAAAAAACAACAAAAACCAGAAUUUAUCAUUAAUUGGUGUUUAAAUAAUCAAGAAAAUCCUUUAUGGUUAAAAAAGAUAUUUUUUGAAUGUAUGUGGAGCUCAAAAAAAAUGUCUAGACCGAAAGAAGAAGUUAAGCAUAUGGAAAUCAAAGAACAAGUAAAAGACGAGAAUAGAAAAUUCAAAUUUACGCACGAUUGGCUUAAACCACACCUUCCUUAUUGGGAAAAGAAUCUGUUCUAUCUUAAAAACCAGAAAAUAAAUGUACUUGAAAUAGGAGCUUUCGAAGGAAGAUCCACUACUUGGAUUUUGGAAGAAUUAUUUAAAAAUCCCGAGUCCAAAUUAAUCACUAUCGAUAUUUUUCUAAAGAUAUUUCCCGACAACGAUAAUGAAACAACUUUCCAUGAAAAUAUUAAAAAGACUCGUAAAGAGAACCAAAUCGAGGUUAUUAAAAGCAAAUCAUUUAAUACUCUUAUUAAACUGAACCAUGAAAAUAAGUUAAAAUUUGACUUCAUUUAUAUUGAUGGUUCUCACGAAUCUCAUGAUGUGUUAUCAGAUGCUGUUUUAUCAUGGAAUCUCUUAAAAGAAGGUGGAAUCAUGAUUCUUGACGAUUACGAGUGGGAUUUUUUCGAAGAGGAGUAUCUUAAUCCAAGAAUAGCAAUUGAUUCAUUUCUUAGAUGUUAUCAAGCACAGAUAGAAAUAAUUGAUAAAUAUUAUCAGGUAGCAAUCAGGAAAAUUACCAGAGAAGGCACACGAACUGUUAGGGAAGGAAAAACCAUCGAUUGA